AUAAGUAAACAAAUAAAUAAAUAAAUAACGCCCACAGCAGGGGAAGGUUUAGUUGGCCAGGAUCCCUCUGUUAAUUGCUAUCUAGCGAAUGUCAAAGCUGCAUACGAAAGGUCUUCCUCUGCCUCCACUCUGCGAGCUUGGCUGCAGCCUGCAGUGUGGCAUACUGUAGGCAGAUAGUGCACUAAUCGAUUAUUAAUGACUGGUUGACAGCUGCUGUUAAUUAAACAUGCAGCUGUAGAAAUCUGAGUCAAAAUUGUUAUAACAGCGGGUAAAUUCAGUUCUGGAAAUGGUUGUGUUAGUUUCAAAUGGAAGGCCAUCUGCGAACUGUUCGUGAAAGUGUCUAGCAGCAAAGCCACUAGAACACACAACAAAAUGUUUGCACCUUUGGAGGGUAAUGGGCGGGGUAUUGCACCUGCAGACCAAUUGCAAAGGCCUGAGGUAAAAAUGACAGGAGCAUAAGUUCCAUUGUUCGACCACGUAUUUGCUGUACAUACAUGUGGGUUCAUAUUGUCCACAGAAGACUUUGUUGAGAGAAUCGCAAUGGACAUCAAAUCAUAUCACACCAUCUGUAUACUGCUCUGUCUUUUCUCAGGAGAGAGCUGUGGCCAAACAGUGUACGGUAAGAUGGGAGAAAACGUAUACCUACAUCUGCAGGAGUCACACGGAAGGUCUUUCCCUGAUAUUGAAUGCUGGCAUCAAAAUAUACUUAUAGCCAAGACAGCACGUUCUGUUAACCCUUUUGCAGAGGUUUUUAGUAAUGGAACACUGAAACUGCACAAUGUCGGGAGAAACUGCAGUGGAGUUUAUACUGUUAGUGCCUACGAUGCCAAUGGCACGGUCCAUCUGAAGGAGAGCUCUCACUUGGUUGUGAUUGAUCCUCCGGUGGUUGAGCUUGUUGCCUGUAUCCUGGGAGUUUCUGUGUUGUACUGUGCGGGGGAAAACGGUCCUGAUGCCGUGUAUGAAUGGAGAGUCAGCAUCCAGAACCAGGGAGGUCUAAAUGUCUCCAGUCAUACAGGGAAACAUGUGACUCUGGACUAUUCAACUGGAAACAUCUCCUGCUCUCUGAUAAUGGGAAACUAUAGCAGUCGGAGUGCGUCUUAUUCCCUGUCCUGUGCAGGGUCUGCUCGGUUGGUUCCAGAAACACAGUUGUGUGUCAGUCUCGGGGUCACUGUCAUGCUGGUCCUUCUCUGCUUCAUGACAUGUGGAAUUUCAGUCGGUGUACAAAUAUGCCGCAAGCGACAGAAUUCAAAUGUGAAGUCUGAAGGAAGCGGGCACCCUCUUGAGAUGAACCAGGAUGACGGGAUUGUUUACAGUGAAGUCAGAGUUGGAAAAUGAGACAAAUAGCUUUUUACAUCCCUUUUAUUAAAAAUCACUGUUAAUAAUCUAUUUCAGAAUCUAUUUUUUAUUUUCAUGACAACUGAAAUAUGUAGAAAACAGUAAUUCUGUGCUUUGAUAUCUUUGAGAAAAAUGUAUUUAUAAAAACUUUGACAUAUGCGUGUAUAUUUAUGCGUGUACAUAUGCGUGUAUAUUUUUGUGUAAAAGUUACAUACGUGUUGCAUAUAAUUGCGCUUACCUUUUUUGUGAUAACUAUGUGGCAAAUGGCUGUGGGUGUGUUUCUUUAAAAUUAAAGCAACAGGAAAAGCAA